GCCCUCGGGGAGAGGGACAGAACUCGGCUGGAGGGAACAGAACUCGGCUGGAGGGGACAACUCGGCUGGAGGGACAGCACUUGGCCAGAGGGGACAGCACUCGGCUAGAGGGACAGAACUCGGCUGGAGGGGACGGCACUCGGCUGGAGGGACACUGGGGCUGAGAGCCGCAGGUCACUGAUACCUGGGACCAGGGGACCCACUGGACAGCUAUGAAGAGAUCUGUGCUCUGAGUGAACAAAGACACUGUGGGCCUGGAGACGCAGAAGUGACUUCCAGAGGAUCCUCUCAGAAGCUCAGCCUGUAGAGUGGAGAAUUUGUAAUCUGUUUGUGCUGAACCCGGAAAGCUGAGCAAAGCAUCAUGAGCAGCCAUCAGACAGUAAAAAUCUUCAAGAAAUCUUCUAUCCCAGGAGUUGUUGUCACUCAGUUUGUGAAUGAUGUUCCAGAAGGAUGCAGUACACCUGAUUUUGAGAAGAAACCACUCACUCUGACACUGCAGGAAGGUAAAGAUGCCAUUUUCAGAGCUGUGGUCAAAGGUGUCCCAGCUCCUGAGGUGAAAUGGUCACGUACACAGAAAGGAAUGGAUGAUCCUGCCAAAUAUCAAAUGUCCUUCAAUAGUGCUACAAAUGAAUUCAUUCUGCAGAUCAAGAGCCUGGCCCCGGGGGACAGUGACUUGUAUCGCUGCUGUGCUGUCAAUGCCUACGGAGAGGCCUCGUGCUCUGCUGGCCUCAGGAUCCUCCAAGUUGGCUUUAAGAGGAAGGCAAAAUAUGUUCCUGUUCAUGCUGCUGAUGAGCUCAAGAAGACACUCCAGGACUCCAGGAAGAUGCUGAGGAAGAGGGCUGCAGCACCAAAACCAAAGCCCCUGGACAAAGAAGCUGUGUGGCAGCUGCUGCUGAAUGCAGAUAGGAGAGAUUAUGAGAAAAUCUGUAUAAAAUAUGGAAUUGCUGACUUCCGUGGGAUGCUGAGGAAGCUGCAGGAGAUGAGGAAAGAAACAGAGAGUGAACAAGAUAAGUUAGUUCACAGUCUCAAAAACUUUGAACACAUCAGAGUCAACAAGGAGGGAAAUGCUACGUUCAGCCUGGAGAUGGAGCUGAAAAACAGCAACAGCAACGUUUACCUGCUCAAGGACGGCGAGCGGCUCCGCUAUGGGACCGGGGACGAGUACAGGAAGCACGGCCUGCGGAGGGUGGGCAGGCGCUACUGCUUCACCAUCCACGACGUGCAGCCCGAGGACGCGGGCGUCUACCAGGUCAGGGUGGAGGACGUCCCUAUCUUCUCAACAGAACUGGAUGCUCAAGCCAUCCCGGCGCGGUUCCGGCAGCCGCUCUCCGACGUGCGCUGUGCCGAGGCCGGCGACGCCGAGUUCCAGUGUGUGCUGUGCACGCCCUGCCACCAGCCCCUGUGGCUGCACAAGAGCCGCCCCCUCCAGGCCAGUGACAAGCACCAGAUCUCUGUGACCCCCGACGGCCUGAGCCACAAGCUGACCGUGAGGAACGUGGGGCCCUCGGACAGCGGCCUGUACACGCUCGACGCGGGACAGGGCUCCUCCAGCGCCUGGCUCCUCGUGGAGUAUGCCAAAGGAAAGAGGAGUCCGGAUGAAGAAGAAAAGAUUGUAAGGGAAACAUCUGAGUGGCUGAAAGAAACAAUGGCAGACAACGAAAGGGCGAGGAAGCUUCGGCGCCAGGAACAAGCUGCUGCUGAAGAGCGUGCUUCCUUCUCCACAUCCUCUGCUGGGGAGAAAAGUGGCUGGCGCAGAACAGGUCAAGGCAGCAGCCAAGGCAGGGGCCAAGCACACUCCCUUGAUUCUGGAGAUGGAAGCCAAAUUUUUUUGGGAAAAGAAGGGCUACGCAAAACCCACAUGAAUGGAGAGAUGGGGCCUGGGCAGUUUGCUGGAGCAGGUCUAGAUGGAGACUCAGUAGUCAAUGAUGGCAGCAUCUUUGGACUGAAAGGGGGCAGAAGUGGGUUAAGGGCUGUCCAUGGCAUGGACUCUGUGUCAGGCACUGCAGGUCCUGGUGGUGCAGGAGGAGGGGCAGGUGAACGGAAUUCUGUAGAUGGCAGAGGUGAAGGUUUGCUGAGUGCUGUUGACAUUGACAUGGGUGAUGGAGAAGGUUUGGGCUCUCAGCAUGACAAGGAUGGGAAUUUAGGUGAUGCCAGUUACAGAGCUGGUUUUGGGGGUGCUGGGAGGUUGGGUGGUGGAAGUUCUUUGCCAGAUGGGCUUGAUCCUGAUUCAGCUGGAGUGGGAGCCAGUGUGGGUGAUCUGUUCAGCAGGACUGGUCCAGGAACUGGAGCUGUGGGGAAUGCUGCAAGUGCUGGAAUGGCAGGAGGAUUGUGGUCCCACCAUGGCAAGGAUGGGCCUGCCACUGUGGGUGAUAUGAAUGGAGCAGGUAUAAACAGAGAGAGACAAACAGGGACUCCCUAUGGCAAGGAUGGCCUGACACCUCAUGCCAGUGGUCAGUUAGGGCAGACAGGAAGAUCUGGCUCAUUGUAUGGGCCAGGAGGCCUUUCAGGUGGAGAUGGAGCUAUACCUGGUAGAGGUGGAAAUUCCACAGGAGAAAUGGAGGCUUUGUAUGGUCCAGAUGGUCAGGCACUGGGAGCAGGUGCUGGUGGUGCUGGUGGAGUUGGUGCAGGGGGAUUUGGGUCUCCCUAUGGAAAGGAUGGUCUCCCAGCUGGGGCUGGUUUUGGUGGUGUUGGUGCAGGGGGACAUGGAACUCCCUAUGGGAAAGAUGGUCUUCCAAUUGGAGCAGGUGCUGGUGGGGCUGGUAGUGCAGGGGGACUUGGAUCUCUCUAUGGGAAGGAUGGUCUCCCAGCUGGGGCUGGUGGUGCUGGUGCUGGAGGAUUUGGAGAGGCUUUGUAUGGUCCACAUGGUCAGCCACUUGGGGCAGGUGUUGGUGCUGGUGCUGGUGCAGGGGGAAUUGGAGCUCCCUAUGGGAAGGAUGGUCUCCCAGAUGGAGCAGGUGUUGGUGGUGCAGGAGGAUUUGGGGAGGCUUUGUAUGAUGGUCGGCCACUUAGAGCAGGUGUUGUUGCUGGUGGUGGUACUGGUGCAGGGGGAUUUGGAUCUCCCUAUGGGAAGGAUGGUCUCCCAGCUGGAGCUGGUGGAGCUGCUGUAGGAGGACUUGGAGAGGCUUUGUAUGGUCCAGAUGGUCGGCCACUUGGAGCAGGUGUUGGUGCUGGUGCUGGUGCUGGUGCUGGUGCUGGUGCUGGUGCAGGAGGAUUUGGAUCUCCCUAUGGGAAGGAUGGUCUCCCAGUUGGGAGUGGUGGUGGUGCAGGGGGAUUUGGAUCUCCCUAUGGGAAGGAUGGUCUCCCAGUUGGAGCUGGAGGAGCUGGUGUAGGAGGACUUGGAGAGGCUUUGUAUGGCCCAGAUGGUCGGCCACUUGGAGCAGGUGUUGGUGGUGCUGGUGCAGGGGGAUUUGGAAUUCCAUAUGGAAAGGAUGGUCUGCCAGUUGGAGCAGGUGCUGGUGGGGCUGGUGGUGCAGGGGGUGUUGGAGGUCCCUAUGGGAAGGAUGGUCUCCCAGCUGGAGCUGGUGGAGCUGGUGUAGGAGGACUUGGAGAGGCUUUGUAUGGCCCAGAUGGUCGGCCGCUUGGAGCAGGUGUUGGUGGGGCUGGUGCAGGGGGAUUUGGAUCUCCCUAUGGGAAGGAUGGUCUCCCAGUUGGAGCUGGUGGAGCUGGUGCUGGAGAGGCUUUGUAUGGCCCAGAUGGUCGGCCACUUGGAGCAGGUGUUGGUGCUGCUGAUUCUGCAAGUGCCACGGGAAUUGGAGCUCCCUAUGGAAAGGAUGGUCUGCCAGUUGGACCAGGUGCUGGUGGGGCUGGUGGUGCAGGGGGAGUUGGGGGUCCCUAUGGAAAGCAUGGUCUCCCAGCUGGAGCAGGUGUUGGUGGUGUUGGUACAGGGGGACCUGGAGCUCCCUAUGGGAAGGAUGGUUUCCCAGCUGGAGCAGGUGUUGGUGUUAGUGGUGCAGGGGGAGUUGGGGGUUACUAUGGAAAGGAUGGUCUCCCAGCUGGAGCAGGUGCUGGUGGGGCUGGUAGUGCAGGAGGAUUUGGAUCUCUCUAUGGGAAGGAUGGUCUCCCAGUUGGAGCUGGUGGAGCUGGUGCUGGAGAGGCUUUGUAUGGCCCAGAUGGUCGGCCACUUGGAGCAGGUGUUGGUGGGGCUGGUUCUGCGAGCGCCAGGGGAAUUGAAGCUCCCUAUGGAAAGGAUGGUCUGCCAGUUGGAGCAGGUGCUGGUGGGGCUGGUGGUGCAGGGGGUGUUGGAGGUCCCUAUGGAAAGCAUGGUCUGCAAAUUGGAGCAGGUGCUGGUGUUGGUGGUGCAGCAGGUGUUGGGGGUCCCUAUGGAAAGGAUGGUCUCCCAGUUGGAGCUGGUGUUGGUGGGGCUGGGAGUGUUGGGGGUCCCUAUGGAAAGGAUGGUCUGCCAGUUGGAGCUGGUGUUGGUGGGGCAGGGGCUGUUGGGGGUCCCUAUGGAAAGGAUGGUCUCCCAGCUGGGGCUGUGGCAGGAGCUGCCCAUUUUCCUCUUGGAGGUGAGGAAGCGAUGGGAUUGGGCCGUGGCACAGAUGCCACGCUGAGCAGAGCUCCGGGGUAUGCAGGUGGAGCAGGAGGAGGGGGCUUUUCCAGGGAAGGCUCUGCCCUGUGGGGUGCAGGGUCUCCCUAUGGCGAGGACAGAGGGUCAGGUGUAGCCACAGCUGGUGCAGGUGGAGCUGGGAGGCCGGGAGGGGAUGGAUGGGAUUCAGUCAGUGGUAAAGGAGGUGUGGGAGCUGCUGGUGGCCCAGGAGGAGAAUAUGGGCUGGAUGCACAUCUUGGCAGAUCUUUGAGAGCUGAAACUGGAAAGGGUGCUGCCAGUGAUGUCAGAGGGCCAGGGAACAAAGGUUCAGCUGGUGACAGAGGGUCCCUGUCAGGUCCAGGAGGAGCCAGGGGAGAGGGAGGAGAUUUCACACAGUUGGGCUCCCUUUACUCUGCCUUUGGAGAGGCAGGGAGUAAAUCCCAUGACAGAUCUGUUGACGGGAGUAGCUCAGGUGGGUUUGGUCAAGGUCCACUGAGUUAUGGCCAGGUGUCAGGUCCUUUCGGUGGACCUCCUUCAGCAAACCAGAGAAACCAGGAACCUGACAUGGAUCUUAAAGCAAAUGAUUCCCUGAACAAGACGGAAAGCAAACAAAAGAGACGGAGUGUCCUGGAUGAUAUCAAAGUCCCGCGCUGUUACCUCAACAAGCAGCUGGCGACCGUGCGGGUGCUGAAGGGGGACCCGGCUGAGCUGUCCUGCACGGUCAGCAGGGACAACGUGACAGGAACCUGGUUCAAGGAUGGCCUAAAGUUAACAAGCAUGGAUGGAGUCGUAUUUGAAAAGAAAGGUCUUGUCCACAAACUGAUCAUCAACAAGGUUGAAGAUAUUCAUGCUGGGAAAUACAGGUUUGAAGGUGGAGAUGUAAAAACUGAAGCUUCAAUUUUUGUUGAAGAUCCUCCCCAGGUGGACAAAGUUCUCCUCAAGAACUUGACCAGUGUCCCCACGGUGGCCAAGGCCGGGGAGGGGGUGAAGCUGCGGAUCCCCUUUGAGGGUCGGGGGCCCAUCAGGGCGGCGUGGCUGAAGGACAGGAUGGAGCUGGGCGAUGACUCCAGGGUCCGUGUGGACAAGACAGACACCUGCACCACACUGUCCAUCUCCAGCUGCGACAGGAGGGACUGUGGGGAUUACAAAGUCAGGCUCAAGAACGACAGUGGUGUCCUGGAGAUCAACCUAAAGCUCAUGGUGAUAGACAAGCCACAGCCUCCAGCAGGACCCAUCAAAAUUGUCGAAAGCUCCGCCAACAACAUCACAAUCCAGUGGAAGCCCCCAAAGGACGACGGGGGCAAACCAGUGCAAAGGUACCUCGUGGAGAGGCAGCAGGUGGGCAGGAACGACUGGGAGACUCUGGGAGAAACCCCCAGGAGCUGCACCAGCUUCACCACAAACAAAGUGGAGGAAGAGAUGAGCUACUACUUCAGGGUGAGGGCCAUGAAUGCCGAGGGAGUGAGCGAUGCGCUGGAGUCAGGGGAAGUGAAGGCUGCUGGUAAAGGCUCCCCUGGUGCCCCAGAUCGCCCUGAGAUCAUCAGUGCCAGCAAGGACACCAUCACCAUAUCCUGGAAAGCUCCUUGUAAAACCGGCACUUCCCAAAUUAAGGGAUACAUUGUUCAGAAACGCAAGAAGGGCACAGUGACCUGGCUGCCCGUCACCAACGCGCCUGUCAAAGACAAGAAACUGAAGGUGACGGGCCUCAAGAAGGGUGUGCAGUACGAGUUCCGUGUGGCAGCUGUCAAUGCUGCUGGCACAGGAGAGCCCAGUGACCCCUCAGAGCCUGCCUUUGCCCGGGACCCCACCAAAUCUCCGGGCCAAGUGCAGGACCUUAAAGUGAGCAGCAGUGACAGCACCAGUGUCACCCUGACAUGGAACAAACCUGAAGUACAAGACGGGAAUGACGUGAAAGGCUACGAGGUGGAGAUGAGGCCCUGUAACAGCCUCAGCUGGACCAAGUGCUUCACCCUCCCUGCCGGGAGCACCUCGUGCCGGGUGCAGGGCCUGCAGGCCCGGGAGAAGCUGUUCCUGCGCGUCCGGGCCCUCGGCGAUGGCGGCCCCGGGGAGGCCGCGGAGCUGGAGGCGUGUGCUGGAGCUGCUGCUGCUGCCCUGGUCCCUCCCAGGUUCCUGAUAGAUGGCACAGUGAAAAGCUUCCUGCUUAUCAAAGCAGGGGAUCCCAUCCGGGUGAAGAUUCCCUUUGAGGGAUCUCCCGAGCCGGCGGUGACGUGGCUGAAGGACGGGCUGCCCCUGCCCGGCCGCGCUGCCGUGAGCACCGGGGAGGGGAGCAGCCGGCUCCUGCUGCGGGCAGCGGAACGCGGAGACAGCGGCACCUACACUGUGGAGUUCGGGGAUGGGCUGGGCAAGAGCGAAACCUUCAGCUUCCAGGUUCAAGUUACAGAUGUCCCUCAGCCCCCUGGAGCCAUCCAGCUGGAGGAGAAUGUCCCCAACACGGUGACAGUGACCUGGGAGCCCUCAGCCUCUGAGCAGUGGGAGAAGAACCUGUACUACACUGUCCUGAAACGGGAGUCCCAGAAGGGCCUGUGGCAUGUGCUGGGGGACCUGAUCUACAACAACAAGUUCACCUUCACCAGGGUGGUCCCAGGCAGGGAUUAUUACUUCAGGGUUGUGGCAAAAAAUGACGUGGGAGCCAGUGAUCCAUCAGAGACUGUGCAGCCCUGGAGGAUCUGGAAAAAAAAGGCUGAAUUUCGAGUGAAAGCACAGAAAUACAGGGGAGUUAACCAGAACCAGCCUCCGAGGUUCCUGGUGCCGCUGAAGUGCCACGUGGUGGUGACAGGCAGCGAGUGCAACAUGAGCUGUGCUGUGGGAGGCCAUCCCCCACCAAAAGUCACUUGGUACAAGGACAGCAGAGACCUCUCCAGAGAUCCCAACUACUUCUGCACCAACGACUUCGGCGUGUGCUCGCUGGUGGUGCUGGGGGUCACCAAGCAGGACGAGGGCGAGUACAUGGUGGAAGCCAGCAAUGAAGUGGGACGUGCCUUCAGCAAAGCCUUCCUCUCCAUCAAAGACUCCUCCCUGUAGCAUGGCCCUGCUGAGAACAUCCCUGCCUGGCUCCAAGGAUGGGAAGGUUUUGGUGAGGACUCGUCCAUAUGAAGGCUGUGCAUUUAUUGUCAGAUGUUCUUCACAGUCUGAGGGUGUUAUUUUUCAGAUCCAGUGAUUGCAUAUUGAACAUGAUGCUGCAUUGCCAUCAAUGCUGGGGGGAAAAAAGCUUUAAGAGCACUGUAUGGGUUUUUUUUAAUAAGCUUUCUAUGAGACCUUUAAAACACAGCUUAGAAGCUUCAGGAACACAGAAAAUGAGAGGAAAAAUAAUUGGCCAAAUUGAAACUUCCAGUGGAGAACACAGGUGGGUGGGAGAGACCAUCCUGCCACAGCACUCACCCACAACAAGGACCUUUCUGGACAUCAGGGAUCUCUGGUCCUUUCACAUAUGCUUUUUCAAGCCAAAACAAUCACUUUGUAUUCCAUGUGAUUCUCUGCAGGUUUCCCAAAUCUGGCAAAAGCAGCUCUGCAUAUGUUCUACUACCAGUAGCUGCUAAGUAGAUUAUCUUCCCUAACCCCUAAGUUUAAAAGAUAUCUGCCUGCUCAUUUUGUCUGGGCAGGAGAUGAAAUCUCAGACCAUCCUGGCAUGGGGCAGGUGAGGCUCCCAGUGCAAAUGCUCUGGUGGGAAGGACUGGCAGUCUACAAGCAGUGUGUGAGCAGAGCAACUCCCCAAACCCUCAGCAUGUGCUGCACAAGGGCUGUGCCAGUCCUGAAUCACCCCCAGCGUCACCUGUGCACCCAACUGCCCCUGGCCACGGCACUUCUGGGAGCCUUUGCCUCGGGCAGAAGAGGUGGAAAAUCCUUCCUGUGUGAGCAGAAAGGGACUCCCAGGGACCUCCUGCCAUGGCCAGGGGCUCCCAGCCCCGGGCCCGGACAGCAGAAUGUUGUGUUGGCUGUGGGAGGGUCACAGCCAGAGCGCCGAGGGUACUUUGUGACAGGAGAGAGCAGAGCCAACAGCGGGGCGGGAAUGUUCUUGGGAUUACAUUUUGUACAAUGUUGUACAGAUGUAGCAGCAGUAGAUAAUGAAAUUAAACCACAAUUCAGGGAAA